GCGAGCGUCACUAGCAUGGCAGCACUACGGGUGAGUACUUGGUAUUCUUCCUCCGUGGCCUGCACAGUGCACUCCCUUGGCAUGACCGGCGCCGCACAGUGUCCGUGCUCACACACCCAGCUGCAUCCCGACUGGGAAGUGAGCACCCACAGGAGGCCCCUCUCCAUUUCCAGAUUUAAGACAAGCCACAAGACACUUGGAGGGUAUGUUAUACCCAAAGAAAACAGCACGACACCCUGGGCCUGUGAUGCUACACCUAAGAGCCAUGGCGCUUCAUCCUUACACAAUUACACUACACCCGAGAAUCGUGGUGUUACACCCAGGGACGACAGGACCACUCGCCAACCUCCACUGCUACUGUUCCUGUUGCUUUUACUGACAAGACCGCUGGUAAUCGCCGCCGCCCAGGAGCGGUUGAUCACGUGUGAGUGUUCCAAGGCUGAGUGUAAGGAAGAUGGCUACACCUGCACCGCCACUGGCUGUUAUUUGCAACUCCUUGACCGACGUGAUGGCUCCCAACCUAUAACCAGUGGCUGUUUGACCGAAAAAGGAGCCUCCUUGCUGUGUAUGAACCAGCCACCAGCAGUUCGCUUUGUGCCUUGGCCUUAUCUUGUGUGCUGUAACACCAACUUCUGCAACAGGGAUGUCGCCCUUACAAAUGAUUUGGUCACACGAAGUGAUGAAGUGGACUCCUUAAGGCGGCUGGGCGUUUCAUCCAUCGAGGAAUUCCGGGAGAAGUAUGACAAAGACACUCUUGAGAGUGACUCGGAUGACUUGAACACAGUCUACUUGGCAGUAAUAGGUGCUGCUGUUGUCCUUAUGAUUGCAAUUAGUGCUGCAGGAUUCUGUGUUUUAGCCAAGUACAGGUCAAAACAUAGCCGACCACCUCAUGUUUCUUUAGACAAUGGAAUGGAGAAACUGAAGUCCUCACCUGUAGAGCCCAGUGCCCCACCACUACUACAUGCAUAACAUCCAUCUACAGUAUCACAUUCUUAUUUCCUUCAGGUUAAUUGAGAUUCAUGUAUUUUUAAUUUAAAGUACUGUGAUAUCUGCACUACUUUAUUUGUACCAAUGUGCAGUACAAAUUUAGUCAUGAAAGGCAAUCAGUGCCAUUUGUCUUAGUUUAACCCUUAAACUGUGGUUAUAGGAAAAUGUGAUUAUCUGUAUUUGUAAAUUUUUUUGUUUGAAAUUCUUAAAAAUAAUUAAUAUUCUUAUGAAAUUACAGACAAGCAUUCAGAAUAAAAAUACCUGUAUGAAAAUAUUAUUUCCCAUACAACUCAACUGAUGGAUGUGUUUCUUCAUGUGCAAUUUCAUUAUAAUAAAAUUCAAUCCCAUAAUGGUCAGGGAACCACUUCCCUCCCUCUUAUCACCCCCUGAACAGAAAGACGUAAAAGUUCCGCUCUCCAUGCCUGAUAAAGGCCUCCAGAGGAUGGGGCACACACAUCCACCCUCUUAGACCUAAACCAAAAUCAUAGGAACACCCUACACAUUCAAAUGCCUUGGCUGGAAAUGAAUGUGUCUGUUGACAUUGGCCACAGUUUAAGGGUUAAACUAAUGACUUAAUGCCAGUGCUUGCAACUAGAGCAAACUUUAACACCUACAUACUACUAAGAAUGCUACUCUACUGCAUAUCACUCAUAUUUUGGAAGAUUCAUACAUGCUGAAUUGCUCCUGUAUAGUAGACAAGAUGCCAACAUAGUUUUAAGACUUACAUUUAUUUCAAUCCUACAACCUUUGUGCUUGCUUUGAGGACUAAAUCCUUAAAUUUGUCUCGUCUUGCUACAACUCAACUGAGGAUACCGAAACUAAGACCCCGAAAACCCAAUCACUUUUCUUUUUAAGGAAAGCAGAAACUUUGUACAUACUGUAUAUUGAUUUUAAAUUUGUAUCAUCUCCAAAUAAAAAUGACAUUAAAUUUAUUUUACAGUUAACAAAAGUUUAUCCUCAAUGUGCCCUUUUUCCCCUAACAAUUGAAGGGCACCAAUAUCUUCACUCCAUUCCCAGUACAGUAUUUGCAAGUGAUACAAAUGUUGAGCCUUAUAAGAAAUGAAAUCCAUUUACCUUCAACUUUCAUGGAAUGUAAUGAAAGAUAGGAAUUUCACAUUACAGUACCCCUGUACUGUUGUAGUGUAAAUAUUUUGCACACCCGAGAGUAAAAAUUGAACAGAAUUCUGAUGUUCUUAACAACACCCAUGGGCUAAACUGAAGAAAGUAUAUCUCAUCUAAAAAGAAAAUUCCAGACUAUACACACCUGUAAACUGUGUUGGAUUCUGUUCAAAUUUGUCAGCAAUUUUCCAGAUGUAUUUAUGUUUAUCACGUGCACUUACAAUUGUCGAAGCAAGUAGCAGCCAUAACUGACAAUGCCAUCUUCAUUAGCCUAUGUUCUAAUCAAACAAAACAAUUCUUGACUCUUUAUACCAAUACAUUUGGCUUUCGUAAAAAAUUAACUAUUUUCCAGCUUGGAAUACCAAAUGUAUAAUAGUGAAAGACGUCUAAGGCAAGUUAUGGAAGGAUAGAAUGAGUGAAGUCAAACAGGUAACAUAUGGCUGCUGCAGAAUGUAACUUUUAAGCCUGUUGAUGGAGGAGGCAAUUUUAAUUAUUUCUUGUGAACUAGAAUCCUUCAUGGACAAAAAAUAUAAAUAUGGAGAGAUGAAUAGCCAUGUAAGUGGAAGCUACUCAAGACAUUAGACUAGUGCAGCUGCAGGUGUGUAGGCUCUCGGCUAAGCCAAACCAUUUAUAUAAAAAAU